ACGGAGGAAAAAAAGAAAAAGAAAAAAGAAAGCACAACGAGAUCUCAACCUCCACUUCCUGCUUAUUCUCUUCCUUCAAUUCCUCCACCCCUUCUUUCUCAAAUUUCUCUACCUUUUCACUCUCACUUCUCUGCAAAUUUUAGGGCAAACUUAGAUCUCUUACCACCAACAACCUUUUUCUUCAUUGAUUUCCCUUCCUUCAUUCUAACCUUCUUUCACCAUUUUUCCCUUUUUCAUGCUUCUCCUUUAAAUUUUACCUUCAAUGGACUCGAUAUGGAGCCACACUACCCCUCCAGACUCUUUUCAUUUCCUCAUCGCUGUCCACUUCGCCUUUGCCUUCUUCGCCGCGAGGUUCUUACUCGACAGAUUCAUUUUUCGUAGGUUGGCCAUUUGGCUGUUGAGCAAAGGAGCUGCUCCACUCAAACUUGAUGAAGCUACCCAAUCAAAGGUCGUAAAAUGUUCAGAAUCAAUGUGGAAACUAGCAUACUAUGGCACAGUUGAAAUAUGCAUUCUAAAAAUUGCAUACAAUGAACCAUGGUUUAGAGAUUCAAAUCAAUACUUCAAAGGCUGGCCAAAUCAAGAGUUGCAACUUCCUCUAAAAUUGCUCUAUAUGUGCCAAUGUGGGUUCUACUUAUAUAGCAUCGCUGCACUUCUUAUAUGGGAGACUCGGAGAAAGGAUUUCUCCGUCAUGAUGUCUCAUCAUGUAAUUACUGUCGUCUUGAUUGGAUAUUCAUAUAUUACAAGAUUUUUCCAGAUUGGAUCGGUUAUUCUUGCGCUACAUGAUGCAAGUGAUGUCUUCAUGGAAGCUGCUAAGGUUUUUAAAUAUUCUGAGAAAGAACUUGGAGCAAGUGUUUUCUUUGGAUUUUUUGCCAUUUCAUGGCUCAUAUUGCGGCUAAUAUUCUUCCCCUUCUGGGUUAUAAAAGCAACAAGCUAUGAUCUCUGUGAGUACUUGAAGUUAUCAGAUGUGAAUUCCAGAUUAAUAUACUAUGUUUUCAACACGAUGUUGUUGAUGUUGCUUGUGUUCCACAUAUACUGGUGGUUACUCAUAUGCUCUAUGAUCAGUAGACAGCUGAAAAAUAGGGGAAAAGUUGGAGAGGAUAUAAGAUCUGAUUCUGAGGAUGAGGAUUAGAUGAAAGAUGUGUUGAAAGAGUACUUUUUGGUCUCAAUAGUGAUUAUAUAGCUGUGGGGUAAUUACUUUUGUAUUUCUUAUCUACAUUGGUUCAGCGGGUUAAAGAAGUUACUUUAAUUUUCUCACUUCGCUUCCAUUUUUAGUGAUUAGGGAUACAGAUGUAUGUCCAUUGAGCGUAUCACUUCAUAUAUUUGGUUUAUAAAUAGGAGAAUGACGCAUCCAUACUUAUUUUCCAAGAUUCUCCUUUGUUAGGACCUUCCUCUUCUGGGGGGUGGAUUGGAGGGUGGGAGUUUAGGAGAGUCGAGGGGCAAAGAAAAACGUGAGAGAUUCAGAAAUGAAAACAGAGAGUCUGUUGCAUUAUGUAGCACCUUUUUGCUUCUUUGGUUUCUUCUUAGGAGAUUUUUGAGGUUUUGCAAUAAGCAAUUCAUAUUAGGCCAGAAUUUCCAUUGAAUAUAACAUAUUCUUCUGAACAGUGAUUUGAAAGAAGGUGCCUUCAUAAUGAACAUCUUGUUUGUGUACUGCAAAUUUGUUGGGGACAAUCUUCAAACGAGAAACUCCUACUACCCAGUAAAUUACUUGUUCUUUAAGGCAAACUGUUAUUAUUAGUCAGUUUGGACUUUCUUUUUCUUUUGUAAAAACUUGUUGCCUUGUUUGAGCUGGCAGAUUUUGAUUUUGUUUAGGUUAUUUAAGAUCUGGGUUUGAAAACUAUUUUGGUUCUAUUUAUGAUUUUGGUUAUUUUGGUCCUUAUAAUUUGAAAAUGUUCAUUUUGGUCUCUAUACUUUCAAUUUUUGUUCAUUUUGGUUGUUAUACUUUAAACAUAUACAUUUUUAUCUUGUACUUUUAACUUUGGUUCAUUUUGGUCUUUAUAAUGUAAAAAUUGGCCAUUUUGGUCCCUUCAUUUUCAUUUUCAAGGGAUUAAAAUGGUCACUUUAUAAAAGUUCAUGGACCAAAAUAAAUAAAGUUGAAAGUACAAUAACUAAAAUGAAUAUUUUGAAAGUAGAGGGACAAAAAAGAACCAAAAUUGAAAGUAUAGGGAUCAAAAUGAACAUUUUAAAAGUAAAUGGAUCAAAAUGAACAAAAGACAAAAAGUUCAAAGACCAAAUUAAUAUUUAAACCCAAAAACUAAUAUUGCUAUUCUGCAGUUUUGAGUCAUUUAGUUAUUGGUUAAGUGGAUUUGAACUUUUAACCAUUGGGUUGAGCUCUGCUUAAGUGUGUUGGUUAAAUUAACACGUUUCUUGAUUUAUUUGA